AUGAACUUUCACAAAUUUUCACUUUUGGUCUGUCUGCUUUACGCCUUGGACACUAGCCAGGCGCUGUCGACAGUUCAACAUGAGGCUCUGUCAGAGGACGAUAUGCGUCUCACGCCAGACCAAUUGGACCACUUGGAGGGCAACGCAAAGUCACGCAACGUGAUGCUGUGGUCGGGCUACUACUGGCCCAAAAAAGAACUAGUAUACAGGAUCGAGGGGCUAUCUGCCUCUGACGUAAGGUUAAUUGAGAGAGCCAUGUCUGGAAUUUCAUCCCAGACUUGUGUGCGCUUCCGCCGCACAUAUAAUCAGAAUGAGCCACAGGUUGUUAUACAAAGGAAGGAUUCAGGCUGUUGGUCCAAUGUUGGUUAUCUAGGCAAACGUCAGGAACUAAAUCUUGGUAAGGGUUGCAUGACAACAGGCAUCAUACAGCACGAGCUACUCCAUGCUCUCGCCUUGCUGCACAUGCAGAGCGAUCCCAAUAGAAACAAGUUCGUUAAGAUCGCCUUUGAGAACAUCGAAUCUGGCAGGGAGAAUAACUUCGCCAUCUACAAUUCAAAGGAUGUCGGCGACUUUGGACUUGGCUACGAUUAUUACAGUCUAAUGCACUAUGGACCCUAUGCCUUCUCAAAGAACGGCAAACGCACCAUAAUUCCAUUACAGAGUGGUGUCAACAUUGGUCAGCGUAACGGCCUUAGCCCCAAGGAUAUUUUAAAACUGAAACGCAUAUACUGUUGAUUGCAUAGACUUAAGAAACUCUCGAAAGAUUCUAGCAUUAAAUAUAAUUUUAACUACAACAU